AGCACAACCCACCAAAAACCUGAAGCGCACAGCAAAAUCGGAACCCAAAUCCAACCGAAUCCACAAGUUUCAAAUCACCUUCCGCCACCCAAAAAACCCUUUGCCUCUAUCUCCUUGCUUCCUCGCUUGGCGCUGCUGCCAAGUGCAAAACUAAAGAGCAAUGGCGAUGGCUAUGGCGCUACUUCGCCGCCUCUCCUCUCCUCUCAACCACCCUACCCGCCCUUUCAUCACUCCUCUCUGUUACAAGUCUUCGUUGCCCGAUGAAGCUGUUUACGAGAAGGAGAAGCCCGGCGUCACCUGGCCGAAGCAGCUCAAUGCGCCGUUGGAAGUCGUGGAUCCUGAGAUUGCUGACAUUAUUGAGCACGAGAAAGCUCGUCAAUGGAAGGGUCUGGAACUCAUACCCUCGGAGAACUUCACUUCUGUGUCAGUGAUGCAAGCAGUUGGAUCGGUCAUGACCAACAAGUAUAGUGAAGGGUACCCUGGUGCUAGAUACUACGGAGGAAACGAGUACAUUGACAUGGCAGAGUCCUUGUGUCAGAAGCGUGCACUCGAAGCAUUCAGGUUGGAUCCUGCAAAAUGGGGAGUCAAUGUGCAGCCUCUAUCUGGUUCUCCUGCCAACUUCCAAGUCUACACUGCCUUGUUGAAACCUCACGACAGAAUAAUGGCUCUUGAUCUUCCUCAUGGUGGGCAUCUUUCGCAUGGUUACCAGACAGACACCAAAAAGAUAUCUGCAGUGUCAAUAUUUUUUGAGACAAUGCCAUACAGACUGAAUGAGAGCACUGGUUACAUUGACUAUGAACAGAUGGAGAAGAGUGCCACUCUUUUCAGACCAAAAUUGAUAGUGGCGGGUGCUAGCGCAUAUUCUCGUCUUUAUGAUUAUGCAUUCAUUCGGAAGGUUUGUGACAAACAAAAGGCCGUCUUGUUGGCGGACAUGGCUCACAUUAGUGGGCUGGUUGCAGCUGGUGUGGUCCCAUCACCAUUUGAUUAUGCAGAUGUGGUGACCACCACAACUCACAAGUCCCUUCGUGGCCCACGUGGAGCCAUGAUUUUCUUCAGGAAGGGAGUUAAAGUGUUGUAUGACUAUGAAGACAAAAUUAACCAAGCUGUCUUUCCUGGACUUCAAGGUGGUCCGCACAAUCACACAAUCACUGGUUUAGCAGUCGCACUGAAACAGGCUACAACUCCAGAGUACAGAGCUUAUCAGGAACAAGUGCUUAGAAACUGCUUCAAGUUUGCUGAGGCUUUAGGGGAGAUGGGAUAUGACCUAGUUUCUGGGGGGACUGAAAACCACUUAGUUUUGGUGAAUUUGAAGAACAAGGGUAUUGAUGGCUCCAGGGUUGAAAAAGUGCUGGAGGCUGUUCAUAUUGCUUCAAACAAGAACACGGUUCCUGGGGAUGUGUCUGCCAUGGUUCCUGGUGGCAUCAGGAUGGGUAACAGCUCUUUUCCUUUUCGGGUUUGAGAUGGUUAAGGGUCUUAAUUGUUAACAGGGAUGCCUGUUUUUACUUCACAUAGCGUAAGGUUCAUAUGAAACCAUUCUCUUCACAGGAACCCCAGCUCUUACGUCUAGGGGAUUUGUUGAGGAGGAUUUCGUGAAGGUUGCUUACUUCUUCGAUCUUGCUGUUAAGAUUGCAGUGAAUAUUAAGACUGCAAGCACAGGGACAAAGCUGAAGGACUUUGUAGCGACAAUGCAGACCGCCAAUUUCCAAUCUGAGAUUGCCAAGCUCCGUCUUGAUGUUGAAGAAUACGCGAAGCAGUUCCCAACAAUCGGCUUUGAGAAAGAAACCAUGAAAUACAAAAGCUAAACAAGGCGCAGGUUAGAAGGGUUUGCCAUGAGGUUCUUAUCUUCAAUGGAAGUAAAACAAAGGGAUCUUACAUCGAAGUCAUGAAGCAUUAUGUAUGAAGAUGUAAAUGCUGGCCUUUCUUGUAUUACAAAUGCCUGUAAAUCCCCGAAACCGACCUCGGUUUUAUGUCUAUACUACUAAAUACAUACAAAUGAAAAGCUAAUUGGUUGGUGCCGAAUCGCAAGAAAGAAUAAACGUGUGCAAGUGCAACCCUUACUUCACUCUGAGAAAGUUUUAGUUCUUCGUCUUAUUAUUCUGAUCUAGUAGGUGAUGGGUGUUGGCGGCAAAAGUACCGUCGAAGUAAUCG